ACGCAUGAAGAUGUGGAGUCUUCAAAAUCUGCUGUUCAUCCUCUGCAUUGCUCUGAGUUGUGUGACCGGUGAAGCAGCUGUGAUCCAUGUGUCUGGAUAUGAAGGAGGAGAUGUUCAUGUUUCCUGUCGUUAUGACAGCGGUUAUGAGGACUAUGAGAAAUACCUGUGCAGGAAUGACUGUGGCAACAGUGAUGUUCUUAUUAUGACUACAGCAGCAAAGAAGGACAAAUACUCCAUCUAUGAUGACAAAAGCAAACGAGUCUUAACAACCACCAUCUCUGACCUGAGUUCUCGGGAUGCUGGGAAAUACUGGUGUGGAGUGACCAGAACUGGAACGGAUUACUACCCUGCUGAAGUAAAACUGGAUGUGGUGCCAGACAGCUGCUGUGACCGUUCCACCAAAAUCCAAAGUUACGAGAAAGGUUCAGUGUCCAUCAGUUGUCCUUAUGAGAAUUCGUAUCAAAGCAACCUGAAGUACAUCUGCAGAGGAAACCGGCCCUCCACAUGUCAGCAGCAGGCAGUAACCACCUCUGACAGCAAACAAAACGGACGGUUCACACUUACUGACAACAAGGCAUCAAGGAAAUUCACAGUGACCAUUACCAGGCUGACCCAAAAGGAUUCUGGGUCGUACCUUUGUGGUGUCCAUAGAGACACAGGCCUGGAUGUUUUCUCUGCUGCUGAGCUGGAGGUCAAAGGGUGGUGCUGUGUGAAGUCAAACAGACUGAAUGGCACAGUGGGACAUCCACUAACUAUGCAGUGUCCUUAUCCACCACAACACGGGACAAACAGGAAGUUCCUCUGUAAGGGAGACCACCGCCACAACUGCACAGAUGUGGUGACGAGUCAGAACAACUCAGGCCAGACUGACCUCAGGUUCACACUGAUAGAUGACAUUUCCUCCAGUUCGUUCUCUGUGACGAUCACAGAGCUGAAAGCAGGUGAUGCUGGGACAUACUGGUGUGGUUCAGACUCUGAGUGGAGCGCUGGAAACUACACUAAGAUUCAACUGUCAGUAGUCUUUCUGACUGUGACUUCUACCAUCUCUACCAUCACAGUGGAAACUAUCAGACCACAAUCAACCUAUACCCCUGACAAGACUGUCAAAGAUGCUUCACUCUUUCACUCUGUGGUUUACAUCGUUCCCGCUGUGCUGCUGCUCAUUCUGAUAUUUGCCCUGGUCAUGGUUUAUAAAUACAAAUGCCACAAAGUACAAGGGACUGAAGUCAACAUGAACCAAAAAAUAAUCAAGGACGCAGACAGAGAGGAAGUGAUGGAUGACGCAGAUAUUUAUGAAAAUCAAGACGUUGUCGUGUAUUCGCAGCAGAGGACCUCCAAACACCAGAGCACUUGUCACCAAUAUGAUGAUAAAAGACAACAAGACUCUGUGUAUCAAAAUGUCACUGCUAAGAAAAAAGAGAGAACCUUACAUUGAUGUUAUUUCUCCAGACUUGAUUUAUAAUUAGCCUCAGACAUAUUCAGCACUCACCCAUUCAUUGCUUUAACUUUGAUUUUACACUUUUGCUGUCACCUGUUCACUCAUUAUGAUUGCUAAUAGAUAAUAUAACAAUAUAACACGCCUGCGCUCCUUGUAAGAAGCUGAGAAUGGCCAUUCCAGCUAAAUACUCCAAAUAUAAAUUACCUACAUGUAAAUAUGUACUUUUAGUAAAAGUGAAUAAAUAAAUGAAACCAAGAAAAGCCAGUCUUUCCAAAAUAUAGUCAUUUUUAUUUGCACCAAAUAAAUGGGAUAUAAACAUAAUAUCAUUACAUUGUCAGUCUGUCAGUUCCAAACUUUUGAUGGACAGAAAUAAAUUGGUGGAAAUUUAUUCAAGUAAUGUUAAGUACAAAUUUGAAGUACUUUUACUUCUUUGUUCUUUGUUUCCAUUUUAUAACAGUUCAUGCUUUAACUCCACUACACGUCAGGGGCAACUAUUGUACUUCACCUUUUAACCUUUCAUACAGUAGGUUUAUAAAACACAGCUCAUUGUUAAGAUCAAACCACUGGUUCUCAUUUGUCUUGUGACCUUUUUACAAAUAUGUUGAGUGUAGUUGUGGCUGCUUGUCACGUUUCAGAUGUGAGUUCGGACUGAGUUUUGACUUGAUGUUGUUUCCUGCCAUGGGUGAGUUUUGAGUUCUGCUUGGAUUUCUCUUAAAACCCAUUGUGCUCUUUUUGAGGACUCUUGUUUAGUUUUUUUUUUUAGCUUUUUUUAGCAGCUUCCUGUUUUGUUUAGAAAUCUUUUUGGUUGUGUAACUCCUGAGUUAGAUUUCUGUAAUUGUGUUAUUCUUGUUCUUUGGGUUCUUGAGUUUGUUCAGUAUUUCUUGUUCCAUAUGGAAAUCCUGUUGUUGUGUUCCUGUUCUUGGGAUUUGUUAGUACUUCCUGUUUUAUUUUGAAGCCCAAACCCUUGUGUAUCAGUCCCCAGCGUACUUUCUGUCUUUGUCUGCUUUCCUUCGUUUUUUGAUUGUCUGCCCUGCCCUAAUUGGUUUCACCUGUUGCCUAUUACCUUGUGUAUAUAUGUCUCGUUGUUUCGAUGUUCUUGUCAGUUUGUCUGUGUUGGUUUCAGCAUGGGUUUCUGCCCUGCUUCCCCAUGUCUGUUCCUCUGCCUAAUGUUUUCCCCUUCUGGACUUGCCUUGGUUGCCUUUUUAUCUAGAGUAAGGACUUUUGGAGUUUGCCUUGUGUUUUGUGUUUCCUGUCUUUGUUCUUGAUUUUGGGUGAUUUUCAGUUGUUUGAGUUUCCUUUUCCUGGCCCUGGACCUUCAGCCAGUGAUUUUGAGUUUAAUUAAAGGA